GGUUAUUGAUAGGAGCAGCAGGUCCAAUUUUUAAUACCAUAUUUAAUUCCAAGUUUUCCAGUUCAAACACUCAAGGUAUAUGAUAUGAGUUUCAUUUAUUUUUCACUAUAGACAAACCAUAUUGACUACCUUAUGAUUCAUGCAGUCAUCAUCUGAGGCCUCGCAAAAAAAAAAAAAAAAACAGACAAGGAUAUCUUCUGCCGACGAGAAUUCUUCUUCAAACGUUAUUUAUAGUCUGCUUGCUGAAAAGGCCCUUAGCAAAGACAAUCUGUUUCCAUCCUAGUUAAGGUUACUACAUAAUAUAAUGGAUACAAGGCUGUUUGAGGCAGCUCAAAGAGGAAACAUCGAUUAUUUGCAGCGGUUGCUGACAGAAAAUCCAUUAAUCCUCAACAUCACACUGCUGUCUGCUGAGAAUCCCUUGAAUAUUGCUGCUGAUGUGGAGCAUGUCGACUUUGUGAAGGAGAUUAUAAAGUUGAAACCAGUUUUUGCCAAAUAGGUAAACCAAGAAGGCUUUAGCCCAACGCAUAUAGCAGCAGCCAAUGGCCAUGUUGAGAUUGUGAAGGAGCUAAUGAAAGUCGACAUCAAACUCUGCCGGUUAGAGGGAAGACAGAAAAUGACUCUACACUAUGCAGCUAUCAAAGGGAGGGCGGAGGUGAUCAGUGCAAUGCUUUCAGAUUGUCCUGAUUGUAUUGAAGAUGAGACUGAUCGAAAGGAGAAUGCUUUGCAUCUUGCGGUCAAGAAUAACAGAUUUGAAGCAAUAAAGAUAUUGGGGGGCUGGAUCAAAGACAGGAACAAGGAAUACUUGUUGAACAUGAAGGAUGAGCAAGGGAAUACAGUUUUGCACCUUGCAAGCUGGAAAAAACAACGCGAGGUGUUAGAAAUGCUACUUGGAAGUGGAAUUGUAAGUUCAGGCUCGUUGGAAGUGAAUGCCAUUAACAAUAGUGGCCUCACCGCCCUCGACAUGGUUCUAAUUUUCCCAAGCGAAGCAGGGGAUAGAGAAAUUGUUGAUAUCCUUCGAAGCGCUGGAGCAACAAGAGCAAGAGAUAUUAUCCACUCCACCAUUCCCAACAAUCAAACCUCUACUGACAACCCCUCAACACCAGAGAGAUGCCUGUCAAACGGAAAUAAUUUGAUAGAAUACUUCAAGUUUAAAAAAGGGACGGAUUCACCUAGCGAAGCGCGCAGCACACUACUAGUUAUAGCUGUUUUGGUUGCAACUGCAACAUUCCAAGUUGGAGUCAACCCUGCAGGAGGAGUUUGGCAAGAUACAAACAUUCCUGAGCAUACUAAUAGUACCACCAGCAGCAAUGCUCACUUUGGAGGUCAGUCCAUUAUGGCUACCACAAUACCGGUUGGCUUCAUGCUGUUUGUGUUUUUCAACUCGGUAGGGUUUUCCAUGUCUCUUUACAUGAUCUAUGUCCUCACAAGUGAAUUUCCCUUGCAAUUUGAGCUUCAAAUAUGUCUGCUUGCUAUCUAUUGUACUUAAGGAACGGCGUUACCACGCAUUGUGCCAUCCAGCCUCCGUCUAUCCGUCCAGUUAAUCACAACAAUAUUGUCUUCAACUAUGUCCGCUUUAGCACGAGUACCACGUCCACUUGCAACAAUGCUCAAGAAAUUUUUCAAGGACUUCACUCAUAGAGUCGUUUGAAAGUGGAUGGAUGCAAAAUAAGGCUUCGAACAUGAUUGUCUUGCUCACAUCACCAAGCGAGUCUCAUGCGGACACAUUUUCACAAGGAAAGAAGUUGCUGGCUAGGUAUCCAGUCGGCGUCGUAUGAAACUAAUGUAUAGGAUCUGUUUGUGGAUUAAAUAUAUGUUCUUUUGCACGCUUUGACAUGUGUGCGCAAGUGAUUUCGGUGCUUUCUCUCUGUCACAAACCUGUUGUAGUCUUCACAGGUUCCCCUUCCAAGGGGCUUGGUAUCUUUCCUUCGGUUUAAGUAAAAUUGUUUGUUCAUGUUUUCCACUUGCAACACUGCAUUGAUAAACAUUCCACCAGAUAUGCGCAGUCUGUUCCUGUUUUAAACACAGCUUCAAUUACACCCACUGUAGCUAAGCUGGUAAAACAACUUCCAGAGCUCGGAAAAAUCGCCAGCAACCCGACACACAGGUGCUUCAGUUUGUGAUAAGGCGUUACACAUAAAGGCCCUUCGGUCAACUAAUGUGUCUAGUCUGAACUUAAAUUUCAGUUUGUGGUGAAAUUGUCGCUAGGAGUAUGAUGGAAGCAUCUGAAAACACCUGCUAGUUACUAGUUAACAACCGGUAGUCUAUCUGUUGUUUAUGAUUUACUAUUUGGUUUUCCAUUGCCUAUGUGAAACAAAAACAAUAUAAACCCUCGAGGAAAAACUAAACAAAACAAGAAGAUUUGUUCAAAUGGACAUUGAAAAUGGCUUUCGAUUUCUUCUAUUACCAAGAAAUUCUCCAUUCUCUCAUGUAAUCCCCAAGAUAACUCCUUUGCCAAGACAUUCCAAACGGGAAAUCUAAAUUACUUUUAUAGUUACUACUAGGAAAUGAACUCAACCUGCAGCAUUUUCUAUAGAAAAUUCUCUUACCUUGAGACAUUGGUUUUAAGAUUCUGCAUGUAAUAUGUUUGUUCCUAGAGAAUGCUAUGGUAACCAGACGUCUAAAAAGCAGCAGGAACAAUCUCAUUUCUUCCUAGCAGACGCCAAGACAUCACUACAUUGAUACAAGACAGGGAACAUCGAUUAUUUGCAGCAGUUAGUUUUAAUACUCAAUAUCCCGCUGUUGUCAACUGGCAAGUGACAAUCCUUUGAUUCUCAUAUGGGGCAUGCUGACUUGUGAAGCAGAUAUUACAGGGCUAACGCCAGUUUUCCCAUUGAAGCAUAUCAAGAAGGGUUUAUCGCCAUGAAUAUUAUAGCAAAACCCACAUCAAGCACAGAUCACAAAAAAUAACACUAACAACUAAUUAAACAAUAAUUAAACUCCAAAUUACCAAUUAAUACCAAGAAAAUAUAACUACAAGGGAACCAUCAACCAUGUUCUAAGCAA